AUGAUACAAACCAACCAACUUAAUCAGUUUUACUACUCUCACGGAAACAUGUUUAACGAGGACGAAGACUGGAAUGAUGCACACGAAGUCCUGGAGAAAUCCGGACCCGAAAACACACCAAAGGCGAAGAGCAGCCCAAACGUGAAGUCCAAAGUUGUGGGGAAAAAGAGCUUGCUGCGCACCCUGCAGACUCUGGGAUCUGUGCCGGACUGGGAGAGCAACAGCCGUCAGCAGGACAGCGACAGUGAGGCCGAAACCGCUCCAGCCCACAAGAAGAGGAAGAAGAGACGGAAGAGGAGGAAACAGGCAGAGAAAUCCGAGGAGCAGGAAGAAAAUGUGGACAGUGGUGUCAAAGAGGAUGCUGCAGGGCCAAAAAAGAAGAAAAGAGGAAACAAAUUAGGUGUUCCCAACUCAAAUGGCAUCGAUGCUGGAAAGAAAAAGAAUGAAGAAAACCCAGCAUCUGAACAAGUUGAUGCAGAAAUACCAGCGAACACAGAUAAAAUUAGCAGAAAGCAGUGGAAAAACAAGAUGAAGAACAAGAGGAAAAGUAAGAAUAAAUACCGCCAGAGUGAAGCUGUGGAGGAUGUAGUUAAAGAAAAGGAUGACAAACAAGAGUCAAAGGCAGAAGUCAAACCAGAGUCCCAAAGCAAGAAUAACAGUGAAAGCAUCAGUCAGAGAGCGCUUCAGAAAAAGAAAAUGGAAAGACAGUGUAAUCCACCGAAAAGGAAACACGCCGAAGAGGAGGCCCCGGUACCAGAGGCCCGGCAGCAGAAAGCAGAGAAACCCCAAAAGAGCGUCAAAGCUGGAAAAAGAGAGCACGAGCCUCCUGCUGAACGGUCAGAACAGAAACCGGCUCAGCUGCAGCAGGAACUCCCCGACAAUCAGCCCCAGCUCCCGCCGAAAAGGUUUGAGCUGAGCCGGGAGCAGAGCCUGAAAAGGCAGAAGAUGCAGAGGAUGCUGCUCAGGCGGGAGGAGAGUCCCCCGGAGCCUCCCCCGGGGGGGGAGGAGCAAGACCCGGCGCCUGCGGGGGGGGAGGGGGAGGAGCCAGCGGCGGCGCCCAGCCGCUCGGACGCCCUCCGCUCCCGCAUGGAGCAGCGGCUGGAGGCGGCCCGCUUCCGCUACAUCAACGAGCUCCUGUACAGCACGUCCAGCGGGGAGGCGCGGCGCAUGUUCCAGCAGGACCCCCAGGCCUUCUGGGUCUACCACAAAGGCUACACGGCCCAGGUCCAGCGCUGGCCCGCCAACCCGGUGGACGCCAUCAUCUCCUUCAUCCACAAAAAACCUCCCUCCCUGGUGGUGGCCGACUUUGGCUGUGGCGACUGUAAAAUAGCCCGCAGCGUGAAGAACAAAGUGCACAGCUUCGACCUGGCGUCCACCUGCGAGCUGGUCACCGUGUGCGACAUGGCCAGCGUUCCCCUCGGCGACCGCUCCGUGGACAUCGCCGUGUUCUGCCUGUCUCUCAUGGGGACCAACCUGGUCGAUUUCUUAACCGAGGCCAACCGAGUCUUAAAAACGGGGGGAUUCCUGAAAAUCGCAGAAGUGGCGAGUCGGUUUGAAAACGAUCGGAACUUCGUCUCCUCGCUGGCGAGCCUCGGAUUCAAGCUGGUGUCCAAGGAUACGGAAAACAGCCAUUUUUACUCCUUUGAUUUUGUGAAGACAGGAAAUGCUCCGAAAAACGUAAAGAAAUACGGACUGCAAUUGAAGCCCUGCCUGUACAAGAAAAGAUGAUGUCAUCGUUGGGCUUGAUCAGUGCACGCCCGAGUGAGAAAUCUUUAUAUAUCAGUAUAUAAAUAGGUUUUGCCAUUUGGGUUGAUUCUUUUUUUUUCAUUAUCAUUUUAUAUAAGAUUUUCUUAUAUCAAUAGCAACAUGCUAAUGAACAUUAACAGUGUUUUGUGGAAGCAAAGAGUUAUUUAUAGCUCAUUCUUUUCAGUCGUUUUUUUUUUUGCUCUGUUCAUCAGUAGAUUUCUGGAUUUAUUUAGGUAAAUAAAGCAGAACAUACAUUUUAGCCUCUCGUUUACAAAAUACAUGAAGCCUGUUUACAUGUUCAUUUGCAGAUUUCAAAUGCUGAUUUUUAAGUUAAGGAUGAGAGAUUUGUUCAUAAAAAUAUUUUGAUCAGUCAGGCACAUCUUACAUGCCACAGGUCCAACACGCCACAUCCCAACAGUUAGGGUUAUACAGAGCUCACGCCAGUUCAAACAGGAGAAAAU